UGUGUGUGUGUGUGUGUUUCUAUUAUUACAAAGGGAAAACCGCAGUUGCGUAACGGAGACGCGUUCAGGGCCGCCCGGAUGAGUCAGAUCUGAAUCACUUCUGCUUUCACACCCGCGGAUCCGCCACGAACCGAGUUUCAAGGCCGUCGUCUGAACCAGGAUUCUGGUUCUGGACCUCCUGAAUAUGCGGAACCAGAAGACCUGCACGCUGACCGGGCCGGACCAGAACCCGGUCCUCCCGGUGGUCCCGGUGGUCCGAUACCACCCUUCUAUCCAGAACUCAGGGGGCGGCGCUUCCUCCAAACCUGCCUCCAGAACCAGGACCAGGACCAUCCAGAACCAGAACCCAGUGGUCCCGGUGGUCCCGGUGGUCCCGGAGGUCCGAUACCAUCCCUCUAUCCAGACUCCAUCUAAACCCCCGUCCAGAAUCAGAACCAGGACCAACCAGACCCAGAAAACCAGACCUGCUGGGACCAGAACCGACCCCGACGGAACCAGACCCGACCCGGAGGGUCAGGACCAGGACCUGAAGCAGAAACCUGCCCCGAACCGGGCCGGCGGAGACGGAGCCCCGCCCAGCCCCGGAGCCCCGCCCCCACCAGAACCACACCUGGACCACCAGGCCCCGCUGGACCCGGGCCUGGUGGACCGGGUGGAGGUCCAGACCCGGGGCCAGAGCACCAACCCGGACUGGUUCCUGUGGAGGAAGAACCGGAUCACGGCGUCGGUGGCUCAUCGCAUCGCGAACUGCCGCUACGUCACCGGGGGGGGCGGAGCCCCGCCCGCCUCCUACCUGGCCACUGUCACAGGUUCGGGGCCCCGAGUCCAGACCAGAGCCAUGAGCUGGGGGGUCCACAUGGAGGCCCGGGCCGUCCAACGGUACCAGGUGAGAGUCCAGACCCCGUAGUGGUCUCAGAG